AUGUUAUCACGAACGACAGCACCGACAGCAAAGUCCUCCGCCCAGGCACUGUCCAGGGCGGUGGCACCGGCAGCAGCAGCAGCAGGAGUGGCGGCCACCAGCACACACCACAACUCCCCGCGAGGCUUCGCGACGGUUCAAGAUGGCAACCCCGUGAGGCACUACGGUGGCCUCAAGGACCAGGACCGCAUCUUCCAGAACCUCUACGGCCGAUACCCUCCCGACCUGAAGCACGCAAAGAAGAUGGGCGACUGGCACAAGACGAAGGAGAUCGUCCUCAAGGGCCACGACUGGAUCAUCGGAGAGAUCAAGGCCUCUGGCCUGCGAGGGAGAGGAGGCGCUGGCUUCCCCUCAGGGUUGAAAUGGUCUUUCAUGAACCCCAAGGGUUGGGAGAACGACAAGAAGCCCCGCUACCUCGUUGUCAACGCCGAUGAAGGCGAGCCCGGAACCUGCAAGGACCGCGAGAUCAUGCGCAAGGACCCACACAAGCUCGUCGAGGGCUGCCUCGUCGCCGGCCGCGCCAUGAACGCCACUGCCGCCUACAUCUACAUCCGAGGCGAGUUCGUCUAUGAGGCCGCCAUCCUGCAGGAAGCUAUCAACGAGGCCUACGCCGACGGCCUGAUCGGGAAGAACGCCUGUGGCUCCGGCUACGACUUUGACGUCUACGUCCACCGCGGCGCCGGUGCCUACGUCUGUGGAGAGGAGACAAGUCUGAUCGAGUCGCUCGAGGGCAAGCCCGGAAAGCCAAGAUUGAAGCCGCCAUUCCCGGCCGCCAUCGGUCUGUUCGGCUGCGCGUCGACCGUCACCAACGUCGAGACCGUCGCCGUAGCACCUACCAUCUGCCGCCGUGGCGGUAGCUGGUUCGCCAGCUUCGGCCGCGAGCGGAACCAGGGCACCAAGCUGUACUGCAUCAGCGGCCACGUCAACAACCCCGUCACCGUCGAGGAGGAGAUGAGCAUCCCGCUGCGGGAGCUGAUCGACAAGCACUGCGGCGGCGUGCGCGGAGGCUGGGACAACCUGCUCGCCGUCAUCCCCGGCGGCUCGUCCACCCCCGUGCUGCCCAAGCACGUGUGCGACGACCAGCUCAUGGACUUUGACGCCCUCAAGGACAGCCAGUCCGGUCUCGGCACGGCCGCCGUCAUCGUCAUGGACAAGAGCACCGACAUUGUCCGCGCCAUCGCCCGCCUGUCCCACUUCUACCGCCACGAGUCGUGCGGCCAGUGCACGCCCUGCCGCGAGGGCAGCAAAUGGACCGAGCAGAUCAUGAGCAGGUUCGAGAAGGGCCAGGGCCGCCUGCGCGAGAUCGACAUGAUCCAGGAGCUGACCAAGCAGGUCGAGGGCCACACCAUCUGCGCUCUUGGCGAGGCUUUCGCAUGGCCCAUCCAGGGUCUCAUCCGACACUUCCGGCCCGAGCUGGAGAAGCGCAUGCAGGACUUUGCACAGAAGUCUGGCGGCGAGCCCCUGGCUGGUGGCUGGGCGCACGACACGAGGGCCAAGGGCCAGCUCGUCGCCCCAGGCCAGUAG